AUGAGCUAUUAUCCCAGAGAUCUCUACAGGCCUGUCACUCGAGGAUACUCGCCGGGACGACGCACCCCUCCAGACAGUCGAGGAUCCGCUCCCGCCCCAUACCGCCCUCCCUCUUACCACCGCUCCCAUCCCACCUCAAUCGCCUAUCAGAACGCCUAUCAAGACUCGUACCUUCCUCCUCCACCUCGAUCGCCAUACGGAUACAGCUCGUCUCAAUCAAGCGGAGGCUAUGCCGAUUCGUACGACCCUUACCAACCCUCUGCCUCUGCAUACGACCCCGUCGCGCCCCAGAUUACUUUACCUACCAACGGCAGCGCUUAUCCACCACAUCACUCUCUGCAUCCACACACAGCAGAUGUUACUCCGCGCCCAUACCACGCCCCAUCCACCCAAGCGCAGUCUUCCCCUUCUGUCGCAGUAGCCACUGAGAAUGUCAUCCGAACCCCGUCGACUACUGUUCAAAUAUCUGGCUAUGCUGCCAACGUCUACACCUUACCACCUAGUCAUCUGCCGCUGGUCAAGUAUGUCUCGGCAUACAAACAGGCUGCCUUCGACUUGCAUCAACAUCUAGCCUCAACAAACAACACCGUGUGGUACUCGGGCUCUUGUACGCGGGCCGGUGAAGCUUGGUCGACAGGUCUAGAGUGGGACACCAAAGAUAAGCAGUCUGGGAUCAAGACUCGUGGUGUCAUCCCCGGCGGAGAUUCGCUCGACGCAGAGCUGGGCGGGAUCCUCAAAUGCGUUGAAGGUUUUCAGGAUGCUCUUCACAAGUCGGUCCGAAAUGGGACGACUAUCGCCAAUGAGCUCGUCAUCUUUUGUGACUCACAAGCUGCCAUCGUCGGCAUAGACUCAUCGUCCCGACCUGAGGCCAUCAGAUUCGACCAUUUGUGGCGCGAGAUCUGCAACGAGUUUCUCUAUGCCCAUCUAACUCUUGCCUGGAUUCCCCGUGACAGCGACCUCGAAGGCUAUGUCCUCUCGAGCAAGAUUGCGUCCACUUCUGCGGGCAACUCUUAUAUCAAGAAAAGGAAAGAGAAGGUGCUUUCCGAGAAGUACGUCCUACCGGGAACGAAUGACCCAGAAGCUCCGGGUAGCACGGUGGGUGGACUUUGGCAGACCGGCAAUGCGGACCCUUCCAAACCUCAGAUACCUUAUCGACGACCUGAGCCUGUACCUCCGAAAAUAAGCGUGUCGCAGCCCGUGGAAGUUUCCGACAUUCAUCUGUCCGACAAUGGGCACGAGACCAUGACUCUUCCCCUGAUUGAUGUGAGCGAAGCCGAGGAUGAGGGCAUUCAGCCGAAAGAAGGGGCAAUUUUCGUGACCCACUUUCCGGCAGAGGCCUCUGCCAAAGAUAUCGGAAUCCUCUUUGCUCAGUAUGGUGAAAUCAUUGCCGUCGACAUCUUUCACAUCUCGACUAACCACCCACGCUUCGCAAACGUCACCUACGCGAAUCCAGAUUCGGGGGCGUUAGCGAUAGCAGGUCUAAAUCGAAAGCCCAUCUCGAUGGAAAGUUCAUUCGCGCAGGAGAAUCGCGCCGAUCUAGAAGUUUGGGAGCGGUGGGGCGGGCAAUUGACUGUCGUCAAACAUGAACCCCCAAGAGUCGUCCCUGCCAGCGUUGAAGGGUUCUUCCCGGACCUACCUGAUUGGGCCAAGACGUAUGGCGGCCAACAACAAGGGCAGGAAUCCAGGACAGAGCUGCCGCAAAGCUCGGAAGACGUUGGUGGGAAGCGGGUGCGAGAUGUUGAAUCCGGAAAUAAUAGUCCUAGGAAUGGAGGAUCUCGCUCAUUAUCGGCUGAACCACAAAGUAAAAAGGCACGCUCGGGCCAGCAGUCGCCCUCACACCCUGUACCACAUCAUCAGCCGCCAUCGAAUGAACAGAACGGGCAGGUUCGUCGUCCUUCUAUCCACCACGAACUGGCCCUCCCUCCUACUCCUCAAACAGCAGAACCUCCCCUUCCGGACGUCGUUUCGAAGGAAGGACGCUCCGCGCCUACCACCCAUUUCGUCCCCGAAAUGCCCGAAGACCCGAUUACCGUGAGCGCCGAGACGCUUCGCAUCCUAAUCAGUACUGUCGUUGGUUCUUUGAUCAAUCAUGAUAUUGGCAAUUGGGUCGUGCACGCUUGUGUCAUUACCCAGAGUAUAGACAAGGUUGCGUAUCAAUUACAGGGCGACCUGGCUGCCAUCAAAGAGUAUGAUGGUGUUUCCCGAGAGCACGAACGCGUAUUGGGCAGCCGCGGAUUUGUGCCGUCGAGGAUAGAUGAAUUUGUGGAAAAGGUGUUGAGGGUGUUGGAUGGAAUAGCUGCGGCCGAGGAGACGGCGGCCGAGACCUCUCCCAAAGACACCGUCCAAGCUUUGACCACCAAGCUGGAUAAGCUUCUGGAGCCGUUCCCCCUGCCCUCCAAAAAUGCUAUGAAGGACGCGGGUAGGCUGUUAGAGUAUCUUGUGCGAGGCAAAGCUGCCCAAGAAAAGAGACGGCUUGAGUUGGAGAGGAGGGUCAAGGUCAUGGAAGGGAUGAUCAAGGUCGGCGACGUAGUGGGCGGCGUGGUGAGGUACCUCUUGACUGAAGCUUGA